GAACAAGUGACAUAAUAUCGAUUGGAACAAAUGCUAAAGAAGUGUGAGUUUAAAAAGUUUUUGACGUAUUGUGUAGAAGUAAAAAGUACUGGCGAGUAGUGGGAACCGAUCCUCCGGUGCCUCUGUAUUACAGAAUGGCUCUUGUUGAGGCAGCAUUCGCGUUGUAAAGGCGACCCAGUUCGGUAUUUAGUGCCGUUACGAAAAAUAUUAGUCGAUUUGUAUAGUGUACAGUGCUUACUAAGGUUUAGUGAGUGCGUUCUAUCGUAUUGAUCACCGAAAAAAGGGUACCUGUUCAAGCACAAAGCCGGCUGGCUCACUUGUUUUGGUAUCGUGGAGGAAUUCGAAAAUUGCAAGUUCUAAGUACAACCAAAUGAAACAACUCAUCGACCUUCCCGAUCGUCCGGAUUCAUAAUGCACACUAAAGUGGACAUAAAAAACUCCCAAAUAAAAUAGAAAACGGACAAGUCAUGCUUUUGGAAUACUAUGUGGAAGCCAGGCCAAUGUAACCACAGCGGCGCCAGCUUACAAAUGGUUCUGAAAGAUGUUGAAACACAUUACAAAUGGAGGUAUCUCGAGUCGGGGUACCAGGCCGGACAGUUCGAUGGUCCUGGAGUCCCGGAUGGAACCCGGACCUCAUCGGUACAGAUCGCCCAAUGCGAACAGCUCCAGGAUCUCCCAGCAGUAUCCUCUGAACGUCAGCCACUUGCAUUCAACGAAUCUCGAUAAUUCGAAACAUUCCUUGUACAGUAACGCAGUACUAUCGCCUGGAAAUAAAGUGCUGAACGGCGGAUUGAAUAUCUCCAGGAUACGUAACCAGGGUCCGGUAAACAAGUUCAUCGCCAAGUCGAAGGAGGUGGGCAUCAAGGAGAUGCUGGUGAGCUUGGGCUUGUUGUGUUUGGUCAGUUUGCUUUUGGCCUUGCUCUCUUUGAUAUUCUUGUUGAAAAUAUCACCGGUAACGGCAAACGACAUUCGGGAAUUGUUAAGAUCGGAACAACUAACUGUGAUAACUGCCGAAGAAUACGUUGUAGUGUACGAGGUGACUUUAGCACUUUGUGCUUUAACAUUAUCGCUAAAUUUGUGCUGUCUGUUGGUAUGUGCUAUACAAUUCUUGUUUGCUGUUAAAUUAGUCAAAAGCCCACAUGGAGGAAACGACAGAACAAACAAGUAUUUACAAAAAUCAUCGGUUAGUAGAGUAUGCGCAGUGGGAGGAUUCUUCGUUUCGAUCCCAGUUUUCCUAACAGGAAUCAUACUGUACACGUUCAUCCAGUUCCAUUCGACGCCUGCCAUUGUAACGAGCGUCUUCAUAGGCCUGGGUAUUAUAUUCUGCGGUUGUGCGAUGGUCCACAACGUUUUCAUCUGGCAAAAGGAGAAGACGAACGCAGUGAAGGAAUUGGCGUUGCAACACCACGAGACCACUAGCCAACACCAGAACUCAUUCCACAGCAUCAUCUCGUCGCCGCCGCUGCCGCCGCCGCCGCCGCCGCCACCGCCGCCUCUGGUGCAAUUGAACCAUUCCCAUGCCAGCUUCAAUCACAGUUUCGGGCACCAACUGGCCUCUGUACACAAUGGACCGUACGUCGUACGACCGGCAACAACAACGCCGCCCAAUUUGGGAGAUAACUUAAAUCUGACGAAGAUGUCACAUCAUAGAGAAGCCAGCGGAUCCGUCAGUCCGGGCAUGCCCAAUGUUACGGUAGAUUUGAGCAGUGUGGGUACGACAAAUUCACCCCACGAGCUAUCCACAUUGGUUUGAUGAAUGACGAAUAGCAGAUCGGCGACACGUGUUUAUUUUUCUGUUCAUAGCCUGUUCAAUGAUUCAUUAAACAGCCAGAUGCGUUUUUUGUUCAAAUUCGUCCUCGACUAUGAGGAGAAAAAAUAUUGCGAGAAAAUGCUAGACUGAAUAUAAUUAAUUAUAGUGAAAAUAUUUAGGCUACUUUAUACGCAUAUAUUAGAAAAUUCGUUCGUUUGUUAAAUUAUACAAGAUGUCAUAUGAAUUAAAUCCCUUUUCUACAAACGUUCUUAAUGUGAGGUAGGGUGAAAAAAAGUUUGGAUAUUGUUUUGAAGCAAUCUGUAUAUAUGAUGUUCUGAUAGUAUUGUACAAUUAUACUCUGCUAGAAAUAAUACUCACUAAUUUCAGAACAUACGAUUUUUUGACAAUCACACCACAGGGUAUUUUUGUAUAUUCUAUAGCAAAAUAGGGGAAUUUGAAAAUGAAAAAAAAAAAAACAUUAUUUUCUUGCACGACCAAGAAACGUUUCACGUCGAC